AUGGCACCUGAGUCGUUGCCGUUAGGGAACUACGAGCACCAUCAUCAUCUCUUGUCACACCAGCAGCUUCAAAGCGCGUCUUUGUCCAACGCGGCACCAGAAAACUUUCAGUCACGACGAUCUGAUGUCUCGAAUCUGCAUGGCGUGAACUCGGGGGGACAGUGCAUGACGCCGACUUGGCACGGUUUUAUUCACACGACAUAUGACGCUCUUGUGGUUCUCGAGGCCUGUCUUCAGGGCAAGCUCUCGCACAUUCCACGCCGGCCACAUGACCGAGAACGGCCGUCCAUCAUUGUGAGCGGUAACGUCUUCAUCUACGAGGAGAACGCAUCUGGCAUCAAGAGAUGGACUGAUGGCGUGACCUGGAGUCCAUCUCGGAUCAUGGGUAAUUUCCUGGUCUACCGAGAGCUCAGCGAACCCUUUCCUGCAGGCGAGAAGAAGAAGGCCAAGAAACGGAAGCGCGGCAGCGAAGACGGCGACAAUCUGCUCAACUUGGGCGGCGCCCAUUCCGAGGAAGAUCGAAAACUGGUCGGUUCCCUGGUGGAUUCGUAUGGCUUCAAGCCCAACGGCCUCAUCAAAAAGACGUUGAACGUCAAGUACAAAAACGUGAACCACCACAUUGUUUCUUACUACAACCUUGAAGACGUGAAGGCUGGAAAAUACACCCGUCCAAAUUUCGAUCCGAUCAUGAUGGGUCUUCAACCACGCGAAGACUUGAUGAAGAACAGCUUCAAAGUUAGCGCAGUAGAUCCCGAGGAGGACAUGAUCGACCCUUUCCAGGCGCCUCCGGUCCUGCCCAUACAAGGCACGGCCUUGUAUAGCCAACCGCCGUCGUUACGACUCUAUACCGACGGACAUGCCAUCACCACGGCACACGACACGCCAUUUUCGCAGCUAAGCAACCCUGGCAUCUCUCAAUCGCCUCACGCUUCUCUCUCAGCCAGCUGCACGCCGGUAGACUACUUUCAGCCUCAGUACUCUUAUUCGCAACCCAGCUCUCAGUACUUGGGUUCAAGCAUGGUUGAUGGUCUCUCCCAAGGCCCGUCACGCGACGAUCGCGUAGACUCCGUCAUUGGCGGUCCGCCGCAUUUCAAGACCGAGAUGCCGGACAUGCCGGACAUGCCGGAGAUACAAGGGUUCACAACCACCGCCAGCGACACCUCCUCGGUCGCCGCGCUGACGCAUGCCCAUUCAUUAGGCACUACCCCGGACAUGUUUGCCGUGCACGGGUCGCCCACCGGUUACGAGUCGGUAGUAGAAGGCUCGGGAAACUGGUCCACCAUUCAGCCGACAUAUCAAGAGCCGCUUUCGAUGCCACAGCCAAAGAGGCGACAAACAGUACCCAUCAUGCAGUUCAACCACUCGAUAACCUCAGCCGUCAUGGGUUACGGACAACCAAUUCACGGGAAGUCCUCGAAGUCAGGACUCGUUGACGGCACAAAAGUUUUGAGCCAGCAGGUGCGGGAGAGGAUAUCUGUGCUUACGCCACACGAGAAUAUCUACACUCUGCCCAACAUCCUUACGUUUUCGAGGCUGCUCGCGACUCCGGUCAUUGGCUAUCUCGUCCUGCGCGAAGACUAUGUCUGGGCCGCAGGUUUGUUUGCCUACGCGGGCAUUUCGGAUCUGGUCGACGGGUGGAUGGCGAGAAAAUACAAGCUGCAGACCGUUGUUGGGAGCGUAAUCGAUCCCAUGGCCGACAAGGCCUUGAUGGCCGUCUUGGUUGCAUGUUUAGCAAUAAAGGGGGCGUUGCCGCUCUGGCUAGCUACGCUCAUCUUUGGAAGAGACAUGUCUUUGGGAAUUGCUGCGAUAUAUUACCGUUACGCUUCUCUGCCAGCCCCAAAGACGUUCAUGCGCUACUGGGACUUUUCACUUCCGUCGGCUGAGGUGCAUCCCACGCAGGUGUCGAAGUGGAACACCUUUUUGCAGCUGGGCUUGAUCGGUUGCACUAUCCUCUCUCCUCUUGUGGUCUCGUCCGGAAUGUUACCAGUCGAACAUGUCCAGACCGUCCUACAGGGGUUCCAGUAUGUUGUGGCGGGGACGACGGUGUGGAGUGGGGCUAGUUACCUGUGGACCCAAGAUGCCGUUGUCAUCUUAGGCGAAGAUGAAUCACUUAAGAAGAGGCAGGGUUCAAGAGGGAGGGCGAUUAUCGGUAUCAGCUUCGCCACCUUUCUUGCGCUGGCAGCGCAUUUCGCUGUCAAAGAGGAUAAGGAGCCUGAGGGGCCAGCUGCGCCAUCGUCAUAG